GCCGCCGCUGGCAUUUAUGCAAAGUUCAUGAUGAUAAGUUAAUCUGGUAAAACGAUUCUCGUCUCUAAAUGAACCAUGCAUCCUAAUGUAAUUUGGCUUACAAACGAUAUAAUGAUAUAAAUCGCAGAUCUGAUAUUUCGGUAUACAGAUAAUUUUGGUCAUUAACAUUUGUUGGAUAAUUGCCUCAGUGACUAGAAAAGGGUAUUUAUUACUAUUAUAUUUCAAUUAGACAAUGGAUUGAAAGGGCACAGAGGAAUUUCUAGUUUUUCUAAACAUAUUGUUUAGUGAUAGACAGACGCGAAACUGCUACAUACAAGAUCUCGAUUGGAUAAAUUUGGCUGUAUAAAAAUGUCAUCAUCCGUAAAGAGGCGAUACUUCGGUUGUUUUAUUUUAUAUCUAGUAAACAAUGUGUUAAUUUGUUCCACCGCUAACAUUACAAGUGAUGAAGAUCGACUGUAUGAGGUGUUAUUCAAAAAUUAUAAUCCAGCAACAAGACCAGUAAACAAUGCCUCAGAUACCGUAAAUGUUCGGAUAACGGUAUCACUCAUUCAAAUCAAAGAUAUGGAUGAAACUAAUCAAGUUUUGCGCACACAUAUGUGGCUACACCAACACUGGAAAGACGAGAGCUUAAAUUGGAACCCUGAUCACUAUAAUGGACUGGAGGAAAUCUAUGUACCGUCUGAUACUAUUUGGUUACCGGAUGUGAUGUUAUACAAUAGUGCCGACGAUUCUAAAUCCGGUAAAAUGCAGGGCAAUGUGAUCAUAAAUUCUAACGGUAUGGUAGUAUGGCCCCAGUCGUUACAGUUACACAGUUCAUGUGCCAUGAAUAUACGUAACUUUCCUUUUGACGUACAGAGUUGUUUUCUGAAAUUUGCCUCAUGGACACACAAUGGAUUAAAAGUCAAUCUAUCCAUAUAUUAUGGAAAAAUUGAAGAUCUUUCGGAGUAUUUCUUCUCUAAUACAGAAUGGAACCUAGAUGAAUUCAAGGCUAAAAUAAAUCGGUUAGACUAUGCCUGUUGUCCAGACUUCUACGUUGAUUUCACAGUAACAAUGAUCAUACGACGUAGACCUUUAUAUUACUUUUAUACCAUAAUUUGUCCAUGUUUGUGGCUGACAGUUUUGAACUUACUUGUGUUUCUGCUACCAGCAGAAAGUGGAGACAAGGUUUCACUUGGAGUUACGGUAUUCCUAGCAUUUUCCGUAUUUAUGCUGGUAAUUUCGGAAAAGGUUCCAGUGUCGUCACAAUCUGUACCAUUGAUUGGAACUUAUCUGACAGUCACAAUGGGAAUGACGUCACUGUCCCUCUUCAUGACAGUUUUCAUCUUAAAUCUUCACCAUGUUACCCCUCAUCGACAGGGUGUUCCAAGAUGGUUACGAUUUCUAUCCCAUGACGUCCUGUCUCGUAUCCUUUGUUUGAAACCGCGAGCUAAACCUUUUGUGCGUCUCUAUACAAAUGAAGCGGGCGCAGAUAUUGAAACCCAAAUUGCAGACGACAAUCGAACAAAGAAUGAUAUCGCUACAUUGUUAAACAUGUUAGCGGGGAGACAGUAUGCAGACGAACACCAACAGAAAAUUACAGACGAGUGGAGAUUUGUAGCCCUGGUCUUCGACAGAUUACUUUUUUGGAUUUUUCUCAUUGGAAACGCGCUAAUUUCAGUGAUUAUUUUAUGCAUCCUGAGAGAUUAAAGAAAAACAGGAAUACAUUUAUAGAAAUUCUUAGGCCAUAAAUCUAUUGUAUAAGCUUUAUCCGCAAAUGUUUUCCACUUAUAUAUUAAUUCUAAUACUUUUUAACCCAUUACGCGAUAUAUACGCCUUUUAACGCCUUUUUCACCCCCCCCCCCCCGUUUUUGGUGUCUCAAAUGGUGAAAAAAUGCCUUAUUUAGCCCCCCAACACUUGUUUUUGUUUGAGAAAUGUUGUUUAAAAAAGUGACCACUUUUUCGGCGCGGCCCCCAAACAAAAGAUUUGGGGGUUUGAAGGGGGGCGGAGUCCCCGCUCGUGGCCAAGAAAAUUUUGGACUUGUGAGAGGUUAAAAAUGACCCCAGAUCGAUCAUAAGGCAAAGUAUAACCAACGCUGUAAAGCAAUUUCAUCUAUGUCAAUCCAUUGAGAAGUUGAAGCACUUUGAAGUCAAUUUUGGUGGAAAAAAAUCAACGCCAAAAAGUGAUUUUUGGCAAUUUGGGGAUGUCCCCUCGUUGCCAUGGUAACAGAAAAUUUAAGCCCGAGCAUGCUGUGGCAAAGGCAAUGGUCCAGUCAACAUUUGUGCCAAGUUUGAUUAGUAUUGAAGCAGUUUUUAUAGUUUUAUAGCAAUUUGAACUUGUAACGGGAGACUUUUCUAUGAAAACAGCCAUUUUUCACAAAAUGCUCAUGAAGUAAUGGGUUAAGGCGUUUUAUGACCAACAAAUAAAAUGACAAGUUAC